UAGGCCUAAGAUGGUAAUUUCAAGUAGGCAGCCAGCGAGUGCCCCAAGAGGAGAAGAGAGAGAAGAAAGCAAAGCAAAGGAGAGCAAAGUAAAGCCAGAAAACCAAAAAGAAAAAGAAAGAAAAGCUCAGUAGACAGACAGAGAGAAAAGAGAGAGACAAAGGCCCAGUGAGUGUUUGUGUGUGGGGUAUUCUAAUUCCACCCCCAAAGAUUUUCUUUUCCUUUUCAUAAAAUUUUCCCGUUGGUUGCUCUCAUCAUUUUUUAUAUUUUUUUCUUUUUCCUUUUUUUUUUUUUUUUUUCUUUUUUCGCUGUCCGUUGGAACCAAACAGUUUCACACUCCCUCACUCUAUUUUCUCUUUUCUUUUUCUCUCUUUGGCGCAAAUUCCUUUCAGUUCCCUUUCCUUUCCUUUCAAUUCCUUCACUCUCACACACACACUCUCUCUCUUUCUCUUUUACAGAGAAAACAAUAAUAUGAGCAAACUUUGCAUUGCAUUAUUCCACCACCGGUUAUGAAUUCCACCAUUGAACAACCACCACAACUUCAGCCUCCUCCACAACCACCGCAGCCCCACCGUCCGUCCACUUCUUGCGACCGUCAUCCCGAAGAACAUUUCACCGGUUUUUGCCCUUCAUGCCUCUGCGAACGUCUCGCCGUCCUCGAACCCUCCUCCUCCACCGCUUCCUCUUCCCGGAAACCACCCCCUAUCCCCACCACCACCACCGCCACCGCCGCCCUUAAAGCCAUUUUCAAGCCUUCUUCUUCUGAUAGACCUUCUUUUUUUCCUGAGCUCCGGCGUACUAAAUCGUUCUCUGCUUCCAAGAACGAAGGAUUCUCCGGCGUUUUUGAGCCGCAAAGAAAAUCCUGCGACGUUAGGGUUCGGAGUACUCUCUGGUCACUCUUUUAUCAAGACGACGAGCAGCGAAACCCUUCCAAGAAAGACUCACUCAAAGGUCCUGAAAUCAUUGAAGUUGAGUCCAGAAUUUCAUCAUCUAGUGUUCGCGGUGGUCCUAUUGUUUUUGAAGAAGAAGAUUCCGAUAAUAAUACAGAGAGUGGUGACAUUAUCAGGGUUUUAGAUGAGCAACACCAGCAGCAGCAACCCAUUAUUUUAACUGCAAGAAACUCCAACGCAAACCCAAUCGAAGAGAUUCUUGAAGAAGAGGAAGAAGAAGAAGAGGAAGGGAUUGUUAUUGAGCCAGAGCAAGAGCAAGUUCAAGAAGAGGAGGUUGUUAUUAAGCCUAUGAAAGACCAUAUAGAUCUUGAUUCACAAACCAAGAAAGGUUCAGGUAGGGAUUUUAAAGAAAUUGCGGGUAGUUUCUGGUCUGCUGCUUCAGUUUUCAGCAAGAAAUUGCAGAAAUGGAGACAAAAACAGAAGCUUAACAACAAUAAUAAAAAGAGGAGAAAUGGUGGGUCAGCUACAUUGCCGGUUGAGAAACCGAUUGGGCGGCAAUAUAGAGAAACCCAGUCGGAGAUUGCCGAUUAUGGGUUUGGGAGAAGAUCCUGUGAUACGGAUCCGAGAUUCUCUCUUGAUGCAGGGAGGAUCUCUUUUGAUGAUUCUCGCUACUCUUUUGACGAGCCUCGUGCUUCUUGGGAUGGUUAUCUGAUUGGUACUAGAAAUUUUCCAAGAAUGCCUACUAUGCUAUCUGUUGUCGAGGAUGCUCCUGUUAAUGUUGUGUUAAGGUCUGAUACUCAAAUCCCAGUUGAAGAACCCAGGAAUUCGAUUCAUGAGGAUGACACUUUACCUGGCGGCUCUGCUCAAACCAGAGACUAUUAUUCUGAUUCUUCUUCCAGAAGGAGGAAGAGUCUUGAUAGGUCUAAUUCUAUUAGAAAGACCGCUGCUGCUGUGGUUGCUGAGAUUGAUGAGUUGAAGUCUGCUGCUUCUGUUAUUUCUAAUUCCAAAGUUUCACCGGCCACUACUACUAGUACGAUGACUGCAGAUUAUUAUAUUCAUGGACCUAAGCUGGUACUUCCCGAUAGGGAUUCGAACUCUAAUUCGAAUUCUUUAAGGGAUGAUUGUUCUGAAACUUUUGAAAUGGGGUUCAGAGACAAUGCAGUAGAGAAUGGUGAAAGGAAGGGGGCUAAGAAGUCGCGGAGAUGGAGCAAGGCUUGGAAUAUUUGGGGGUUUAUACACCGGCGAAGUGUUAACAAAGAUGAAGAAGAGGAUAGGUAUAGCAGAGGAAAUGGGGUUGAAAGGUCGUUUUCAGAGUCAUGGCCUGAAUUAAGAGGGGAACGUAAUAACAAUCCAAAGAUUUUGAGGAGCAACAGCAGUGUCAGUUGGAGGAAUUCCAAUGGUUUUGGUGGCGGGGGAUCGUUCGGCAGUGCAAGAAAGAGCAACGUUGAGACGAACGGGCAUGGAAGAAAGAAGAAAGAUGAGUUUGUGUUGGAGAGGAAUAGGAGUGCAAGGUAUUCACCAAACAACAUUGAUAAUGGACUGUUAAGGUUCUACUUGACGCCAAUGAGGGGUAGCAGGAGAGGUGGUUGGGGAAAGAGUAAGUCCAGUCAUGCACAGUCUAUUGCAAGAAGCGUAUUGCGAUUGUACUGAAAUUAAUUAAGAUUGGGUGGGAGGUCCAUAAGGUGUUUCUCUUUGGUUUUUAAUGUUGUUAAUUUUGAUGCAUUUGUUGUGUAAGCAGUAAAGCACACAUGCCUAAUGUAAUUCUUCAUGAGUUGGUUGGAUAUGGAUUAAAAAAGCAAAACAACAACAAAGCACCUCUAAAUUUGUUGCUUUCUUUUCUUACUGUGAGUUUCAUUUCUUCUUCUCAAUUUAUUCAAAUAACAAGAUUUUUCUGUGUUUUUCUCUUCU